GGGGCUCUUCGGGUCUUUUGCCCCCAGCCCAGCUCGGCCAGAAAACCAGGAGCUGUUCUCUGGCUUCUCGGCCUGUGACAGUGGGUCCCGCCGGGCCGGCCCUCCGCACAUCGCUCCGGGACCCCCGUCGCCCCCGCGCCCUCUGUCCGCCAGCCUGGGGCCGCAGACCCCCAGUCGCCUCCCUCUUGUCUACGGCAGCUCUUGGCGUCUCCAGCUCCUAAGACAAGAUGCCAUCGGGCUUUCAACAGAUCGGCUCCGAAGAUGGGGAGCCCCCUCAGCAGCGAGUCACUGGGACCCUGGUCCUCGCCGUAUUCUCUGCUGUGCUCGGCUCCUUGCAGUUUGGCUACAACAUUGGGGUCAUCAAUGCCCCCCAGAAGGUGAUUGAACAGAGCUACAAUGAGACGUGGCUGGGGAGGCAGGGGCCCGAGGGACCAGGCUCCAUCCCCCCAGGCACCCUCACCACCCUCUGGGCUCUUUCCGUGGCCAUCUUCUCUGUGGGCGGCAUGAUCUCCUCCUUCCUGAUUGGUAUCAUCUCUCAGUGGCUGGGAAGGAAGAGGGCAAUGCUGGUCAACAACAGCCUGGCGGUGGUGGGGGGCGCCCUCAUGGGCCUGGCCAACAUGGCUGCCUCCUACGAGAUGCUCAUUCUUGGACGGUUCCUCAUUGGCGCCUACUCAGGGCUGACAUCAGGGCUGGUGCCCAUGUACGUGGGGGAGAUCGCCCCCACUCACCUUCGGGGCGCUUUGGGGACACUCAACCAACUGGCCAUCGUCAUUGGCAUUCUGAUCGCCCAGGUGCUGGGCUUGGAGUCCAUGCUGGGCACUGCCACUCUAUGGCCAGUACUCCUGGGCAUCACAGUGCUGCCUGCCUUCCUACAGCUGGUCCUGCUGCCCUUCUGCCCAGAAAGCCCCCGCUACCUGUACAUCAUCCGGAACCUGGAGGGACCCGCCAGAAAGAGUUUGAAGCGCCUGACAGGCUGGGCUGACGUGUCUGGAGCACUGGCAGAGCUGAAGGAGGAGAAACGGAAGCUGGAGCAUGAGCGGCCACUGUCUCUGCUCCAGCUCCUGGGCAGCCACACCCAUCGGCAGCCCCUUGUCAUUGCAAUUGUGCUGCAGCUGAGCCAGCAGCUGUCAGGCAUCAAUGCAGUUUUCUAUUAUUCAACCAGCAUCUUUGAGACAGCAGGGGUAGGGCAACCAGCCUAUGCCACCAUAGGAGCUGGUGUGGUCAACACGGUCUUCACCUUGGUCUCGGUGUUCUUGGUGGAACGGGCUGGGCGCCGGACACUCCAUCUCUUGGGCCUGGCAGGAAUGUGUGGCUGUGCCAUCCUGAUGACUGUGGCUCUGCUUCUGCUGGAGCGGGUUCCAGCCAUGAACUAUGUCUCCAUCGUGGCCAUUUUUGGCUUUGUGGCCUUCUUUGAGAUUGGCCCUGGCCCUAUCCCCUGGUUCAUCGUGGCCGAGCUCUUCAGCCAGGGACCUCGCCCGGCAGCCAUGGCUGUGGCUGGUUUCUCCAACUGGACGUGCAACUUCAUCAUUGGCAUGGGUUUCCAGUAUGUUGCGGAUGCUAUGGGUCCCUACGUCUUCCUUCUAUUUGCGGUCCUCCUGCUUGGCUUCUUCAUCUUCACCUUCUUAAAAGUGCCUGAAACCCGAGGCCGGACGUUUGACCAGAUCUCAGCAGCCUUCCGCCGGACACCCUCCCUUUUAGAGCAGGAGGUGAAACCCAGCACAGAACUUGAGUACUUAGGGCCAGAUGAGAAUGACUGAGGGGCCAGGCUGGGGUGGGAGAGCCAGUUCUCUCGACCUGCCCAGAGACCCCCCUCCUUUCCUCUGCAGCACUUUAACCCUCUCUUCCCCGUUACUUCCAGGGUGGAGAAAACCCCUGCAGCCUGGUGGAAUGGGGAAGCUGGAGGGGAGGGUGGUCUGAGCACCCCCUCAUUCCCCUCGUGUGACUCUUGGAUUAUUUAUGUGUUGUGGUUAGGCUGUGGCCACGGGAUGGCCCAUUCUCCCCUCUCACCUUCUCCUUCCUCCAUAGCCACCCCCACCCCCGCCCAACCUCAGCUCCCAGAUACUUCCGCCCCCUGCUGGAGGAGGGGGAGGGGAGGCGCUAGGACUGACUUUUUGGCCAGGGUGAACUGAAGCAGGACUGGAGAAGUCCAGUUCUUGCCACCUGGGACUCCUCCCACUCUGACACUUUCUCUGAAUUCUUGCCACAUAGGCUCUGGGUGACAGGGGGUCUGUCUUGACCUCUCUAGGGCAAAGGAUGCACCUCCCCACCCCGCCCCCGCCCCAGGGUCUAACCUCAUCUCCUUCACUGCAAGCUCAGUCCUCUCGCUCAGCCUUCCAGGGCGGGAGGGAACAUGCGUUCACCCGUGGUCAGAGGAAGGGACAGCGGGCUCCCCUCUAGACUCAGGGCUCUGGGCCACACCCCAGCUGCUCCCCAAGGCUGCCAGGUGGGGGCCCCAGCUCUUUCCUCCUCUCCCGUCCUGGAAGAGCGUUGUACCCACAGGCUUUUGACCAACUAAGGGAAAGAGGGAUUUGAAAGGCUGCCUGUGAACACGGGGCUGGGAGGAGCCUUCAGAUAUUUUUGUAUAUGUUUCAAAAAAGAGGGGGCAGGGAGAAGAAACCGAAGGUCUGUUGUACUAAAUGUAUAUAUAGAGAUCCAUAUAUAAAGUCACUGUAUGA